AUGGCGCCAGCCUUCGACCAAGCCUACUAUCCACACCUAAUCGACGCGAUCUUCGCCUAUCUGGACCACGACGGCCUGCAGAUCGCAAAGCGCGUGUCCCGAGGGUGGCGCCGCCGCGCGAACAAGGAGGAGCUGUACCACCUCGAGGUGGACGGUGAUCUGACGGUCUUUUCUCGACGCAACGGCUCGCGGCGCCCUCUCGUCAAACUAACCUGGGACGAGCAGCGCUACCUUACCUACGGGAUCGGGAGGGAGAAUCACGCCCUGUCCGCGCGACUCGUCGAGGUGUUCAGCCAAACGUCCAUCGUCGACUUUCCCACCGACUGGAGCGCGUGGGCGUACGCCGGGCUCGUGGCGUGGCUCAAGACCCGCACUGAGCACCGGCCCGCCAUCACGCGUAUCAGGUUUGGAAUCUGCGACGCGAACGCGCUCUUCACGCUUGGCGGGGUGCACGUCUACACCGCCGACCUGGGGCAGCGUGUCGCCGACAAUGGCCAGUUCCGUUCUGGCAUCAUCAAUAUCCGGUGCUCGCCCGACCGCUCCCUGUUAGACCAGGACCUGUUCCGCAUCCUGCCGCAGAGUGCGACGUUUGCGGCGUCAGAUGACGCCGUCGUGCUCAUCUUCCACGACGCAGUCAGGCUGAAGGAAGAGUAUCCCCGCGCUGUGCGCGGAAAGGAUGGACGCGAGAUCUUCAUCAGCCCCACGGGCGAGGAGAUUGCCGAGGCGAUUGCGGACUGGAUCUCGUACCGCUGGAGGAAGAAUCCAGUCGUCUUUGUCGGCCUCGAGGAGGCCUUCAACCUCUUCCAGUGGGCUCAGGUCUGGCCAGCUCUGUGUCGGCUCCGUGACGCGGAUGAGCGGCGACUGGACCACUGUGCAGACAUUACUAGCCUCACACACGAGGAGUACGAGCGCCAGGUCGGCGAGGGAACGUACAGAAUCUACACUGAAGGUGACCUGGCGCAACGAAAGCUCCUUUAUUACGCUUAG